ACUACAAAAAAAUAUGUCAACACAUUUAAAGUAGAUUAAGUUAUUUAUUCAUGUACGGAUUUUCCUCUUUGGUAGCAAGUGGUCGCAAAUUAGUAUUGAUUACUGAAGUACGAAGUACAUAAAAUAAUAAAAUGGAAGUUGAACAAGAAUUUAGUAAGGAUACCUGUAAAUUAGAAAUAGAGUAUAAUGAUUUAGAUGAUGCUUUUAAAGACGGCUUUAAAUGUGAAAUUAAGGAGGAAUGCAAUGGGCAAUGUACACCUGACACAUAUUGUUUAGAUUUAGAGAAAUAUCCUACAAAUACUGAAAUACACCAAGAUAGAAAUAACCUUAACCUAUUUGAAGAAAACCAAAAAAGUGUUACUCAUGAGAAGAAAAUUAAGAUUAUGGAAACAUUUUUUGAACAUGCAUCCCAUAAAGGAUGCUAUAUGAGUGGAGACACUGAAGAAAAAACUAUAAAUAACAAUAUAAAGGCUCAGACUAAACCUUACAAGUGUGAAAUUUGUUUUAAGCAAUUUUCUAGUGCAGGUUCUUUGAAAACACAUUUGAGACUGCACACUGGAGAAAAACCUUAUCAGUGUAAAAUUUGUUUUAAGAAAUUUUCUUUUACAGGUUCUUUGAAAACACAUUUGAGAGUGCAUACUGGAGAAAAAUUUUACAAGUGUGAAAUUUGUUUUGAACAGUUUAGCCAAUCAAGUAAUUUAAAAAAACAUUUAAGAGUACACACUGGAGAAAAACCUUACAAGUGUGAAAUUUGUUUUAAGCUCUUUUGUGACUCAGGUACUUUAAAAAUACAUUUGAGAGUGCACACUGGAGAAAAACCUUAUAAGUGUGAAAUUUGUUUUAAGCAGUUUAACCAAUCAGGUAAUUUAAGAAAACAUUUGAGAGUGCACACUGGAGAAAAACCUUAUAAAUGUGAAAUUUGUUUUAAUCAGUUUAGUCAAAUGUGUGUUUUGAAAACACAUAUGAAAGUGCACACUGGAGAAAAACUUUACAAGUGUGAUAUUUGUUUUAAGCAGUUUAGACACGCAUUUUAUUUGAAAACACAUUUGAGAGUGCACACAGGAGAAAAAUCUUACAAGUGUGAAAUUUGUUUAAAGCCGUUUUCUGAGGCAGGUAAUUUGAAAAGACAUUUGAGAGUGCACACUGGAGAAAAACCUUAUAAGUGUGAAAUUUGUUUUAAGCAGUUUAGCCAAACAUGUCAUUUAAAAAAUCAUUUGAGGAUGCACACUUGAGAAAAACUUUUCCAAAUGUAAAAUUUACUUUUAGCAGUUAAUUGCAGUAAGUAACUGAUAAAAAAACAUUUAACUGUGACAUGUGAACCAUCCAACAUUUAGCAAAUUCUUCUAAAGAUUGUUUAAGUUCAAAGAUAAAUUCUUCUAAAAAUGCAAAGAAGUUAAGUGUUAUCAAUCAGCAAUAGGAAACUUAACAAAGGUGGCAAUAUAGAGGAAAGCUAUAGCUGAAAGGGUUAAACACAAUAAUCAGAAAAAUGUGUUAAAGUGUUAAAUAAACUAAUUAACUAGUAAAAUAUUACUACAAAAAUUAACAAGAAUAAUAAUUUGAUAUUAAUUUCAGAAUAUAUUUUCAUAAAGUUUGUCUGUAGUUUAAAUGUGUGUAAGGAAGUAAGAGGCAUAACCCCCUCUGGGACCCGUAUAACCUUGUCGCUGGUGAGAGAGCUAUGGGUGUAUCUGUGAUCACGACUUCUUUGGGAGACUGCAUGUGGACUUGCCCUUCCACUGUAGCAUUAAGGAAACAAACCCUUAAACUAAUUAGUAAUUUAUAACAUAGUUUAAAUGUAGAUAUUCACUUUCAUUUGGAAUUAAAAGUAGGUCAAUAACAAAUAACUAUACAUUUUUACUAUUUUUUAAACAUCAUAUAAGUAUUAUGAUAUUAUGUAAACUGACUUUGUCGACUUAUAUAAAAAAGCAUGCUUACUUUUUCUCAAAUGUAAGAAGUAAGAACAGCUUACUGAUCAGUUGAAAUACCACCCUGUGCAAUGCAACCUACCAAAAUUGUAACACAUUAAAGUUGUAUUUAAAGUGCGAAAAGUAUUAUCUGUGUUUCCUUGGUCAAUGAGGUGAAAGGCAAACACGGCACCACCCUGAAUCCAAAACACUCCAGGUCACCUUUAACAGGACACAGCCUGGUAUGGUCUUUAAAAGAUUUACCACGUUAAUUAAAUUAAAAAACACAUUUUUGAAUGUGUUUUUUAAUUUAAUUGACAUCACAAACCUAUAUCGAAAAUAGAACAUCUAUCUUUUUUUUCUUUAAGUUUUUUUUAAACAGUAUUAAAGUCAUCUAUUUAUAUAAAAGGCUACGCUGAUAAGUCACAUUUUUUGUCCAGUAAACUAACGACUCCAUAUAGGAAAAAAUCAUCCUAGAUGGAUGUUUCCAUUUCAUCCAAUGAAAUCAAAUUUCAAUCAUCCCGUUCUUGAAACAAUACAUUUAAUUAAUAAUAAUGUAUUAAUUACAUAUUAAUAUAAUUAAAAAUUAUUUUAAUACUAUGUUUAAGGUAGAAUUUAAUACAAAAUAAUUUAAAGCUUUCUGUUAGUUUAGAUUUAAAAUCCUAACGCGAUCUGACAAAGAAAUAGGAACUACUGACAUUUCAACCUAUGAGUCAAUCAUAUUUUGAAAUGAUACAUUUAAUUACCAAAAAUAUUAAUUAUACAUUAAUAUAAUUAUUAAAUAAUAUUAAUAUUUUUAAGGUACGAUUUAAUACAAAAUAAUUUAAACUUUUAUGUGAUUUUAGAUUUAAAAUUCUAGCUGUCAUCUAGGAAAGAAAGCUGAACAGAUUAACUGAGAUAAAAAUUGAAAGAGCAUGCCAUAUAAUACCUAUUAAUUAAUGUUACUAAACAUUCUUGUUAAGUUUUUAAAAAAAGUUUAAUUAAUUUAAAUAUAAUUUAUUAUAAUUUAAAUUAACUUUGAUUUUUAAGCUUUUAUUCAGAUACCAUUCCAUCACAAAAUUAUAAGAAAAUAUUCAUAAAAUUAAAAUCUGCUUGCUAAACAUCUAUUGCAAUCUGGCAACUACCUUUGACAGUAUUGCCAAGUUUAUCUACUAAUCUACCAAAGACCAAUUAUAAUUUUUUUUUCUAAUAACUAACCGCAACUAAUAUAAAAAAAAUAUUCAUUCGUUCGUGUUUUAUAUGAAUUUAAAAUUUUUUAAAAAAUACCCGAUUUUAUAAAAUAAUAUUUAAUAUCUUUUAAUAUUUAAUAUUCUUUAGAUUUAGAGGAGUAUCCUACAAAUACUGAAAUACACCAAGAUAGAAAGAAAUUUAACCCAUUUGAAGAAAAUCACAAAACUGAAAAAAGUAUUACUCAUGAGGAGAAGAAAAUUAAGAUUAUGGAAACAUGUUUUGAACAUGCAUCUCAUAAAGGACGCUAUAUGAGUCUAGACACUGAAGAAAAAACUAUAAAUAACAAUAUAAAAGCUCAGACUAAACUUUACAAGUGUGAAAUUUGUUUUAAGCAAUUUUCUAGUGCAGGUUCUUUGAAAACACAUUUGAGACUGCACACUGGAGAAAAGUGUUACAAGUGUGAAAUUUGUUUUAAGCAAUUUUCUCAGGCUGGUUCUUUGAAAACACAUUUGAGAGUGCACACUGGAGUAAAACCUUAUAAGUGUGAAAUUUGUUUUAGGCCGUUUUUCUCGAUCAGGUCAUUUAAAAGAUCAUUUGAAAACGCACAGUGUAGAAAAACUUUACAAGUGUGAAAUUUGUUUUAAGCAGUAUAAAAAAGCUAAUACUUUGAAAAUACAUUUGAGAGUGCACACUGGAGAAAAACCUUAUAAGUGUAAAAUUUGUUUUAAGCAGUUUAACCAAACAAGUCAUUUGAGAACACAUUUGAGACUGCACACUGGAGAAAAACCUUAUAAGUGUGAAAUUUGUUUUAAGCAAUUUUCUCUGCCUUGUUCUUUGAAAACACAUUUGAGACUGCACACUGGAGAAAAACCUUAUAAGUGUGAACUUUGUUUUAAGCAAUUUUCUCAGGCUUGUUUUUUGAAAACACAUUUGAGAGUGCACACUGGAGUAAAACCUUAUAAGUGUGAAAUUUGUUUUAAGCAAUUUAAACAAGGUCAUACUUUGAAAAGACAUUUGAGAGUGCACACUGGAGAAAAACCUUAUAAGUGUGAAAUUUGUUUUAAACGGUUUAACCAAGCAGGAAGUUUAAAAAAUCAUUUGAGAGUUCACACUGGAGAAAAACCUUAUCAGUGUGAAAUUUGUUUUAAGCAAUUUUCUCAUGCUUGUUCUUUGAAAACACAUUUGAGAGUGCACACUGGAGAAAAACCUUAGUAUAAGAGCAGUUUUCUCGAACAGGUCAUUUGAAAAAUCAUUAGAGAAUGCACACUAGAGAAAAACUUUUCCCAAUGUAAAAUUAGCUUUAAGCAGUUUACUAUAAAAAAGAUUUGAGUGUGAUGUGCGAACAUGCCAACGUUUGGAAAUUUUUUGUAAAAAUUGUUUUAAGUUAAAACUAAAUUCUUCUAAAAAUGCAAACAACCAAAGAAUGUAACUGUUAUCAAUCAGCAAUAGCAGACUUUACAAAGGUGUCAAUAUAGAGGAACGUUGUAGUUGAAGGGUUAAACACAAUAAUCGUGAGAAAGUGUUGAUGCCAAGUAAUCUAAUCAACCGGUAAAAUAUUACUACAAAAAUUAACAUGAAUAUAACUUUGAUAUUAUUAAUUUUAGAAUAUAUUUUC